AUGAGGCUGCCCUGUGUGCGGCCUGUGGCCCUGGUCCUACUGGUCAUCCUCAGUGUGUCUCGCAAUGCCUCCUGCAAUCGAAACAAACUGUACAUCCUCGACGACGACUACAACAACAAUCUCCCCCCGGAGAAGAAUAUGACAGUGGCCAUUUCGUUGUUCAUCAACAGGGUGUCUGCUGUCGACGAAAGUAAAGAGGAGAUAUCGCUGGAGGUGUUUCUCCAGGUGUACUGGACGGACCGACGUAUCAGGAUCGCUGACAACAUGUCUGGAGAGGAUCACCUGGAGCUGACGUGGGGGAAGGAGAACAGCUUCUGGGUGCCAGACCUGUACAUCCGCCAGCUGAGAGAGAUGAAGGUUCUCUCGCUGUUCCAGGACAUGACCUCUGUGCGGCUGUUCCGCAACCAAACCAUGCGUGUCAGCAUAGGAGCGACUGUGAUAAUCAAAUGUGAUAUGGACUUCGUGUUGUACCCUCUGGAUGUUCAGGAGUGUGCAGUGGACUUCAGCAGUUACAAAUACACAGCUGAUGACAUGAAGUUUGUCUGGCGCAACGAUCCUCCUCUCAGCUUCCCCUCAGACUUCGGUGAUGGUUACCGACUGCCUAAAUACGUCGUCUCCUUCGUAACUGAGAACAAAACACACAACGUCUUCUAUGGCGAAGGCAAUCACUCGACCGCCCGUAUGAAGAUGACAAUGAGCCGAGAGAUACGCAGCCACCUGCUAGAGACGUAUCUGCCGAGCACUCUGUUUGUCAUCAUGUCGUGGGGUGGGUUUGUCGUCAUCCCCGAGGUGGUGCCAGGCCGCAUGGUGUUGUUGGUCACCACUCUUCUGUCAUUGGUCACAAUGUUCGACACUGUCAGGAACAAUUCCCCCAGCGCACUUGAACUGAAGUGCAUCGAAGUCUGGCUCAUCUCCUGCACUCUCUUUGUGUUUUUUGCACUUAUUGAGUAUUUCAUCGUCCUGUUUGGCAUCCGCUAUGACAAACACUGGCGACACAAGAAGAGGGAUCUGGAGCUACAGCUACAAUCGUCCAAUCAUGCGAUGCCUCCGCCUGAUAAGGCCUCUAGGUUAAGGCUCUUCGGCGGCAGUAAGGUACAUCCCCAUCAUGCACGCUUAGAAAUCCUCAGCGGCCGUAGAGGAAAUCCAGGAAACUCUCGAAACUCCAACGGAGACGAGGCAAGGAACAACACGGAGGCUGGCCAGUCGGAGUCUGAACAGAAGCCUAAACUGCGAGCUGUCACUGAAUACCUGAUCCUGUACUGUGGAUCACAGCGAGGUACAAUUGACCAAGUAUCUCUCGCAUUGUUCCCUCUCAGCUUCCUGGUGUUCACUGUUGUCUACUGGGUCACGUACCUGAACGAGGCCAAGCAACGGCACGUCACGUGACGUCAGUCUUCCAAACAACAGCACCAAACAACAGAAAAAUGCGAGACAAUCGUUCUAGCACUAAGCUUUUAAAUGAAAACUACACAGUUUAUGGUUGUAAA